CACACUAUUCUCUCUCUCUCUCUCCUCUCUCUUUCUAGACACACACUCAAAGAGUCUCAAAACCCUGACAUAUACAAGCUAAUCUCUCUCUAUAAAUAUAUAUAUAUACAUAUAUUAUGAACCAAAUACAAAACCAAAAAGGUUCAUCAAAAGUAAUAGUGCAGAACAUGAACAAGAGGAGGUUAAACGAAGAACAGGUGAGGGUUUUGGAGAGAAACUUCCUCUACGAAAAGAAGCUAGAGCCGGAGCACAAGCACCUGCUGGCGGACCAGCUCGGCAUCCCAGCUCGGCAGGUGGCCGUGUGGUACCAGAACAAGCGCGCAAGGUGGCGAACACAGAACCUUGAGGUGGACUGCAUCACUCUCCAGCACAGGCUCGACACUGCUUUGGCCGAGAAGAGACGGCUCCAGAGAGAGAUUCUAAUGCUUCGUGGUGAGCUCGACAUGGCUCGCCAAGCUCUGCAAUUAACCAAUAAUAAUACCAAUACUAUUUAUUAUGAUAAUAAUAUUCAUAAUAAUAAUAAUGUUGUUUCUUCUUACUGUACAACUGAUCAAGAACAAGGAGAUGGACGAAGCUGUUCUAGCUUUUAUGAUAAUCCUCAAUAUGAGCAUGUGAUCAAUGAUUAUGAUCAUCAUCAUCUUGAUCAUCAUGAUGAUCAGGCUCUUCUGAUAGAUCAUGACUUUUUUUCUAACUUGAUUGAUUGGUAGUGAUAUUUAUGUAUCGAUCAUAUAUUAAUAAUGGUCACAUUAUUAUAUAUAUUUAUAUAAAAGUGUAGGUUAUUAUUAAUGGUGUAGUGUUAAUUUCUUCUAUUA